CGCCCCCGCAAUUGGUGGAACCUGUUGGUGUGGCCCACAAGGCUCAGCGGGGCUGCACGAGGCUAGUUGCUAAGCAAGGGGUACUGUGGUCAACUGCCAACUGAGCCACGGCGACAGGAAUUCUCGGAUUUGUUGCUACCCCAGGGUCCCCGCCAUGCCUCACAUCGACAGUGACAUCAAACUGGACUUCAAAGAUGUUUUGUUGAGGCCCAAGCGCAGUACCCUUAAGUCUCGAAGUGAGGUAGAUCUCACAAGAUCCUUUUCAUUUCGGAACUCAAAGCAGAUGUACACUGGGAUCCCCAUCAUUGCUGCCAAUAUGGAUACUGUGGGCACCUUUGAGAUGGCCAAGGUUCUCUGUAAGUUCUCCCUCUUCACAGCUAUCCAUAAACAUUACAGCCUCCAGCAGUGGAAAGAGUUUGCUAGCCAGAAUCCCGAGUGUCUUGAGCAUCUGGCAGCAAGCUCAGGCACAGGCUCUUCGGACUUUGAACAGCUGGAACAGAUCCUGGAAGCUAUUCCCCAGGUGAAAUAUAUAUGCCUGGACGUGGCAAACGGCUACUCAGAACACUUUGUUGAGUUUGUAAAGGACGUGCGGAAGCGCUUCCCUGAGCACACCAUUAUGGCAGGGAAUGUGGUAACAGGAGAGAUGGUAGAAGAGCUGAUCCUCUCUGGGGCUGACAUCAUCAAAGUGGGAAUUGGCCCAGGCUCUGUGUGCACCACCCGCAAGAAAACCGGAGUGGGGUAUCCACAGCUCAGUGCCGUGAUGGAGUGUGCAGACGCUGCUCAUGGCCUCAAAGGCCACAUCAUCUCAGAUGGAGGCUGCAGCUGUCCUGGGGAUGUGGCCAAGGCUUUCGGGGCAGGAGCUGACUUUGUGAUGCUGGGUGGCAUGCUGGCGGGGCACAGUGAGUCAGGCGGUGAGCUCAUCGAGAGGGACGGCAGGAAGUACAAGCUCUUCUAUGGGAUGAGUUCUGAAAUGGCCAUGAAGAAGUAUGCCGGGGGCGUGGCUGAGUAUAGGGCCUCAGAGGGAAAGACGGUGGCGGUCCCCUUUAAAGGGGACGUGGAACAUACCGUCCGAGACAUCCUUGGAGGCCUCCGCUCCACAUGCACCUACGUGGGAGCAGCUAAACUGAAGGAAUUGAGCCGGAGAACCACCUUCAUCCGGGUCACCCAACAGGUGAAUCCAAUCUUCAAUGAUGAGAGCUAG